AUGGCCGAGCCGGAGUUGGGUCUCUGCUUCCAGCGCCGCUUCCUGGCGGCUCGGCAGCUGCGCUGCUUCCCCUGGCCGGAGCUGGAGCAAAAGCUGCGGACGUCUGCGGACUGCUCGCUGCUGCUGGACAUCCUGCACAAGACCCUCCUGCACCCUCUGUGUGUGCAGUAUCCUCCUCCCACCAAGUACAGGCUGAGCUUUCUCACCCAGCUCAUCAAAAAGCACGAAGCCACGGCAGCUGAGCCCCUGGAUGAGCUCUAUGAGACUCUGGCAGAGCUCCUGAAGGAAGAGGAAUCUCCUGCUUGUUACAAGAGCUACUUCCUGCCCACAGGGGAAUCUGUUACCCUCUGUGAGAGCCUGGCCAUGGUCUCUGGAGGAACCACAGGGCUGGUGACCUGGGAUGCUGCUCUGCACCUGGCUGAGUGGGCAGUGCAGAACCCUCUGCUCUUCACCAACAGGACCAUCCUGGAGCUUGGCAGUGGGGCUGGCUUCACUGGCAUUGCCAUCUGCAAAGCCUGCAGGCCCAGGAGGUACAUCUUCAGUGACUGCCACCCCUGUGUCCUCCACCAGCUGACACAAAACAUCUGCUUGAACGGCUUCAGCCCGGGGCCAGAGGCUGCUGCUCGCACCCAGGGGGAGUGCCAGGGCCAGGGGGCAGCAGGAACAAGUGGCCAGAUCCCACAAGUGAUGGUUGCAGACCUUGACUGGGGCUCAGUCACUCAAAGCCAGCUGCUGGCCCUUCAGCCUGAGGUCAUCAUUGCAGCAGAUGUCAUCUAUGAUCCAGAGAUCAUUCUAGCCCUUAUUGGGGUGCUGCAGAAGCUCUCCACUGGCAGAGCAGAUGGCAAACCUCCUGAGGUCUACAUAGCUGCCACCAUCCGCAACCCAGACACCUACCUCCUCUUCCAGGCUCAGCUGGAUAAAGCUGGGAUCAGCUGGCAGCUCCUUCCAGCCCACAGCAGCAGUGCUUUGCUCUCGGACCUGCAGCCAAACCUAACGAUCCUGCAGCUCUUUCUGUAGGCCUGGCCAGAGGGGCAGACUCCGAAUCUGCAGCCCUCUGCUCCUUGGGAUGGAGUUCUGGACACCAUGAGAGGAAGUGAGGACACAGCUGUGAGCACAGGCAGAGCCAGUGCCAGCUCUUGCUGCCGGCAGCACGCACACAGGCAAGCUGCUGCCCCUCAAGACCUCAAGCAGCGGCCAAGGAAAGCCCUGCUCAUGCUGCAGGAGGCAACUGAACUGAACUCUGCUUUGGUUUGAACCCUGGAGGUGUCGAAGGCCAGGCUGGAUGAGGCCUUGGGCAAGCUGGGCUGGUGGGAGGUGGCCCUGCCCGUGGCAGGGGUUUGGAACUGGAUGGCCUUGAAGU